AUGACCAACACAUUUCAAGUUUAUGCCUUUGGUAUGUGUAGCAAUAAAGCAGAUGAGCAAACAACAAACAACAAAUGUAGCCCAGGAUGCAAAAACAGAUGUGCCGAAAUUUGGUUUACACUUGCAUUCCUUUUAACAUUCGCUUUUGAACUCGUUCGAUUUUGGGUUAUUGAACGCAGCAGACACCCAAUAGUCCAAACAUUUAAAACUUCUCUGUUAUGGUCUGUUCCAGGUAUCUGUCGACUGUUCUGUGAGAACGUCAAAAUAUUCGAAUUUUUAAUCUGUUUUUACAUUAGUAUAGCGGGUUUUGUUGUUGGAAUCAAAUAUUUUGCUGAUUGGAUUUAUACAUGUCAUAAAACAAUGGAAGUUUUUGAAUACUUAAACAUGUAUUCGUCUAGCAAAGACAGGGAGGAAGAUUAUUCCGAUAAUGGAAUUUUAGAUGCAAAUCUUGAUAAUCAAGAAAAUACUCAACAAGAUGAAUCCUCGUCAGCUACAGUCAUAAACUCAAUUUAA